UUGGUGUGGGACAGAUACUUGGCCUGCAGUAUCAAGGAAUCUACUCGCCAGAAACGAGGAAGUGGAGUACGCACAAAGGUAGCAUCCAAGACUAAAAUGCCAGUCAAAUGGAAAGACUUCCUCCAAGACAGCACCAACAAAGAAGAGCUGUUUGCAUUCCUGACACAGACCGUGGCUGCAGGAGAGUGUCCCAAGGGCAAGGAGCUGUAUGUAACGUCAGGUACUUCAGUAAUUACAAGAGGUGAUUGCGAGCCCAUGGAAGACUGCACUCAUGAAGAGGCUGACACGCGAAUCAUAGUUCAUCUUCAACAUGCAGCGGAGAGAGGGUCAAAGAAGAUUGUAAUUCGAACAGUGGACACAGAUAUCAUUGCUAUUCUCGUCGGGCAGCUUCCAUCAUUGAUCGUAGAAUAUCCUGACAUUGACAUUUGGGUAGCAUUCGGUAUGGGCAAGAACUUCUGCCACAUAACAUCAACAACAUUUGUAGAAAUCUCGGAGAAGACAAGUCACUAGCGCUGCCCCUGUUUCAUGCCUACACUGGCUGUGAUACUACGUCUUGCUUUCUUGCAAAAGGGAAGAAAAGUGCUUGGAGGGUCUGGAAAUCUUAUCCUGAAGUAACACAGGCAUUCCUUCACUUUGUGGAUCAUCCAUUCCGAGCAGUCGAUGUUUCAUGUGAACAUUUCCGUCAUCUUGAGCGAUUUACAGUCCUGCUGUAUGACAUCACAAGCAAUCUCCUCUCUGUGAAUGAAGCACGCCGAGAGCUUUUCUGCAAGAAGAAAAGAAGCCUGGAGAAUAUACCCCCAACUCAGGAUGCCUUGCUCCAGCAUAUCAAGAGAGUGCUAUACCAAGGUGGUAUCUGGACAACAUGUCGCCAGGCACAACCUUCGGUUCCUCCCCCAGAAGGGUGGGGAUGGACAAUGGAAGAUAAUCACUGGGCACCCGUUUGGAUGACCAUCCCCGAGGCAGCUAAAGUCUGUAAGGAGCUCAUCAAGUGUGGCUGCAAGUCAGAAUCUGGUUGUGUUAGUCGCUGCAGGUGCACAAAAGCCGGGCUACCCUGCACAGAACUUUGCUCUUGCAACUGUCAGAAAUAAUUCCUUCAUUUAUCUCAUUAGCAACAAUGUAUGGUUGCGCUUACCAGGUAGGCAUUUCCCUCAUUCAGAAGCUUGUAAUGAUGAAAACAUUGGGAAUACCAUUCCUUUUAUUUAGCCUACUGUUUACACAACUCUCCAGGUG